CCAAAACAAGAUGGCAGGCUGCAGGAGCUGGGUCUUCUUCUAUACAGUUUGUGCUGUCAGUGUGUUUGGGGCCAAUGCAGAGAUCAAAGUUUCCACUCCUGUUGGGAAGUUAUUUACAUAUGAGCUGAUGAGAGAGACUUUCCAGAAUGACUUUGAACCUUUGUCAAAACUCUACGCUGGGCGCUUGUAUGAUGACCCCAUGAUUUUUAAGUGCAACAGGCAGAAUUACCCAGACCUCCCAGAAUGGCUGCGCUUCACCCAAAGACAGCCCUAUGAUAAUGGCUUCCUUUAUGGCACACCAACAUCAGCAGGAAAACAUAUAAUUGAGAUCUAUGCUGUUAACAAGCGGAGCUAUGAAACUGCCAGACACAUACUUGUGAUCAGAGUCACUGCACAGGACAUGUUACCCUAUCAAGCCGAGUUCUUCAUCAAGCUGAGGGAGAUUGAGAGGGUGCUGCCCUCUUCUGUUCAGGAUGAGAUAAAGCAGGAUUUACAGAAGCUGUGGAACACAGAGGCCUUGGAAAUUGUUAAUAUAACUAACGCCCUUGACCGUGGCGGAAGAGUUCCCCUCCCUCUCGCAGGACACUUUGAAGGCGUGUAUGUGAAGGUGGGGUCCGAGGAGUAUUUCUCAGACUGUCUCCUGAGGGUCCUGACACCAGAGCACCAGAAGCAGUGCACAGCAGGGGCCAGAGUCAAGUCCCCGGGAGGCUGUAACUUCUGCCGCAUUCCCAGCAACUGUAUCACCUGGUGCAAGACGGAGCUGUUUGAUCUGAAAAAGCAGGAGCCGACUCCACCUGCUCCCACGAUGGGCUCGGGGAUACUGGAGGAUGGAGGUGACUUCGACCCUCCUGAGUCUCCCCCAAGCAGAGACUACUUCCCGGACUACAUCGUGACAGUGAUUGUGCCCCUGAUCCUCGCCAUCAUCCUGUGUCUGCUGCUGGCCUACAUCAUGUACGGCCGAAGAGAGGGAGUUGCAAAAAGGAAUGCAAGGACAAAUCAAAUUCAGCUGUACCACCACUACACCAUUCACGAUAACACCGAUGAGCUGAGGAACAUGGCUGGAAACCGAGGUGCUCCUCCACCUCUGUCCACGCUGCCCAUGUUCAACAGCCGGACUUUGGAGAGGGCUCCGCCACCGCGCUAUGACAGCCCCGUCCCCCUCAUCAUGGCUCAGCAUGAUCCCUACUGUGAAACACUGCCCAGAAAAUAAGAACAACGAUGGAUAAAGUGUCAUUCAUGCAGUCAGUAUAUUGCUCUAUAUUUGCAGUGGGGAAUUGUGUUUUUUCUUCUUUAGGUCCCAUUCACAUAAAUGAAGAGUGUGCUGUUUUCCAAAUUGUUAUUUGACGUUUAUGAUUUUCUGUAUUCCACCAUCUUUCACUACUAAUAAAAGAUAUUAAAAGCCACAUACAUUCAUUCACAGUUCUGUCUAUUAACUAAGCCUAAGAUGUUAGACGUGUAGUCAGUCUCUUGGUUGGAGGAGUAAUUGGAGUGAAAGGAAAAGGCAUUCACACUCACAUUUCAGAGACGCUUGGCAGCUUGAGCAAGCUUUGUACAGCUCAUUACUACAGGAGGGGGAUAUACUGUGCAUAUGGAAGACAACAUAUAAAGACAGAGGUUUACUUAACAAGGCUCAAUGACAAGGCUGCCAAACCUUUGUUUUACCAUUUCAAAGUAGAACUGCAUUUACUUUUUAUUUCUAAUUGACUUCAAUGGGUGCAGUACUGGAGGUCAUCAGAUAAGAUG